GCGCGCACUGCAUACUGUGUCGAUCGGUUUCUGCAUCGAUAAGCAGUUACUUAAGUAACUCAAGAUUCCGAACUUUGAUUUAUCGCGCGGUUGUUUUAAUUUUUGUCAUCACAAUGAAGCUGGAAAACACCAUCACUUCUGAAAACAUCAACCAGAAACUGCUGAAUGUGCGGUACGCGGUGCGAGGGCCCAUAGUGGACCGGGCUGCUCAGAUCGAGAGGGAACUGGUGAAGGGUGUCCCGAAGCCGUUCGAGCGCGUGGUGCGCGCCAACAUCGGCGACUGCCACGCGCUGGGACAGAGGCCCUUCACCUUCAUCAGGCAGGUCUUGGCCCUGGCAUCGUGUCCUCAGCUGGUGUCCAUCGCUGACGUGCCCUCCGACGUCAAGGAGCGCGUGCGCACCAUACUAGGCGACUGCAUCCAGGGCUCAGUGGGCGCGUAUUCUCCAAGCAUGGGUCUUCGCGCAGUGCGCGAGCGCGUGGCAGCAUACCUGCGCGCGAGAGACGGCGUGCCCGCCGCUCCUGAAGACGUGUGCGUCGGCGCCGGCGCCUCUGACGUCAUCAAGUCCGUGCUUACCAUGUUUGCGGGGGAAGCCGCGGGGAAGCCGCCUGCGGUGAUGAUCCCCAUCCCGCAGUACCCGCUGUUCUCCGGCACUCUGUCCGAGCUGGGCAUCGCACCGGCGGAGUACUUCUUGGACGAGGACAAGAACUGGGCGCUCUCCACCCAGGAGCUGGAGCGGAGCUGGCAGCAGGCGUCUCAGGAUUAUGCCGUGCGGGCGCUGGUCGUCAUCAACCCAGGAAACCCCACGGGACAGGUACUAAGCCGUGAAAACAUCGAAGAGAUCAUAAAGUUCGCGUACGACCGCGACCUCUUCAUCAUGGCCGACGAGGUCUACCAGGAGAACAUCGUUAGCAAGCCAUUCUUCUCAUUCAAGAAGGUGAUGCACGAGAUGGGCGGGCCAUACAGCUCGAUGGAGCUGGCCAGCUUCGUGACGUGCUCCAAGGGCUGGGCGGCAGAGUGUGGGCUGCGCUCAGGGUUUGCUGAGCUGGUGCGGUUGCAGCCAAGAGUCCGGGCCGCAUUCGAGGCCGCGCGCGGCGUCAUGCAGUGCCCUACCGUGCUGGGCCAGUGCGUGCUUCACUGUGUUAUGAAGCCGCCAGUACCCGGAGAGGCUUCCUACCCGCAGUUCGCACGCGAACUGGCCGAAGUGAGGCGAACCCUGACCGAACGCACUACUACGGCUUACCGCACCUUCAACACUAUUCCUGGAUAUUCUUGCAACCCUAUUGAUGGCUCCAUGUUUGCGUUCCCACGCAUUGAGAUACCGGCGCGCGCGCAGGCCGCGGCGCAGGAGAGAGGCAUGGCGCCCGACGAGUUCUACUGCUUACGGCUACUGGAGGAAACUGGGGUGUGCGUGGUGCCGGGCACGGGCUUCGGGCAGGUCCCGGGCACGUUCCACUUUCGGACCACAAUCUUACAUCCAAGGGAAGAGUUCCAGCACAUGAUGGACUCUAUCAGCCGCUUCCACCACAAAUUCCUGCAGGAGUACGCUUAAAAUGUGCUUCAUUUGAGCAAAGUUUUAGUGGCAGUCCUCUGGCCUCUCAUGUUUUUGGAAAAUGUUGUGAUCCUUUUUUAGCACUGGAGUUGUUUGUAGAUGAUGGGCGACUCUGCUUUGUUUUACUUUACUUAUUGGUAAAAGUGUUCAUUAAAGGAAAAAAAGCAUAAUAAUCAACAGAUACUCGUAUGUUCAAUUUGAGAAUCUCUUUAGAUAGUUAAUGAGCCGUCCUUUGUUUUAUGUGUUUCGUAUGUAAUAAAUAAGUUUAGCAUUUUCAUUCCAUAAUAAGAAUACCUACCUACAUUCCAUCAAGCCAACAGGCUUACAUGCUUAUAUUACAAUACUGACAGUCAGCAUUAAAAUGUCUCUUAUAUUAAAAUAUCUGAUAAUUUAGGAAAAGGACACAACGAUUAAUUAUCUACUUAGUUAAGUACACCUACGAGUAGGUCCGUAUUCUUCAAUUCUUCAAACUUUAUUU